CCUCCAGGUGAACGAGGUCAGGCCGCCGGAGAAUCUGAAGGUGUCCUGGUCCUUGAAGGCGUCAGGGGCUCAGGGGCUCGUAUCCCGGGCCACGGCCUCCUGGCUUCUGUAGGGUCCGGGUCUCCAGGGACGAGUCCGAGUUUGUCCCGAGGGAGGGGGGUUUCCUCCUGGACCGAGGGUCUCCAGCCAGGAGUGACACCUGAGUCUGGGGUCUUUGGGGUGGGGUCACGCCUGGUCCUGGAGUCUCCGGUCAGUUUGCCCUCCUCCCCAGGGGUUGGGGGCAGGCCCUUCUGUCGCCAUGGGGGCUCUGUGGCCCCUCGCGCUGGCCCUGGCCGGCCUGACCGCGGCCGGCCCUCCGAACUUCGUGAUCAUCUUUGCCGACGACCUGGGCUAUGGGGACCUAGGCGCCUACGGCCACCCCAGCUCCGCCACCCCCAACCUGGACCAGCUGGCCGCAGGGGGGCUGCGGUUCACCGACUUCUACGUCCCGGUGUCCCUGUGCACGCCCUCGCGGGCCGCCCUCCUGACUGGCCGGCUCCCGGUUCGUGUGGGCAUGUACCCUGGAGUCCUGGAGCCCAGCUCCAAGGGGGGACUGCCCCUGGAGGAGGUGACCCUGGCUGAGGUCCUGGAAGCCCGCGGCUACCUCACAGGCAUUGCUGGAAAGUGGCACCUCGGAGUAGGCCCUGAGGGGACCUUUCUGCCCCCACACCAGGGCUUCCACCGCUUCCUGGGUAUUCCAUACUCCCACGACCAGGGCCCCUGCCAGAACCUCACGUGCUUCCCACCUGACACCCUGUGUGAGGGCAGCUGUGACCAAGGCCUGGUCCCUAUCCCACUGCUGGCUAACCUCUCUGUGGAGGCACAGCCUCCCUGGCUGCCUGGGCUGGAGGCUCGCUACCUGGCCUUUGCCCAGGACCUCAUGGCCGAUGCGAAACGUCAGGGCCGCCCCUUCUUCCUCUACUACGCUUCCCACCACACCCACUAUCCCCAGUUCAGCGGGAAGAGCUUUGUGGGGCUCUCCGGCCGCGGGCCAUUUGGGGACUCCCUGAUGGAGCUGGACGCGGCCGUGGGGGCCCUGAUGGCCACCAUUGGGGACCUGGGGCUGCUCAGGGACACGCUCGUCAUCUUCACUGCUGACAACGGGCCCGAGACCAUGCGCAUGUCCCGUGGUGGCUGCUCCGGCCUCCUGCGUUGUGGGAAGGGGACCACCUAUGAAGGGGGCAUCCGAGAGCCAGCCCUGGCCUUCUGGCCAGGCCACAUCACUCCUGGGGUGACCCACGAGCUGGCCAGCUCUCUGGACCUGCUGCCCACUCUGGCCGCCCUAGCUGAAGCCCCACUGCCUAAUGUCACCCUCGAUGGCUUUGACCUCAGCCCCGUGCUGAUGGGCACAGGCAAGAGCCCCCGGAAGUCCCUUGUCUUCUACCCGAGCUACCCCAAUGAAGUCCAGGGGGUCUUCGCUGUCCGGAGCGGAAAGUAUAAGGCUCACUUCUUCACCCAGGGUUCUGUCCAGAGUGACACCACUGCCGAUCCGGCCUGCCAAGCCACAAGCCCGCUGACCGCCCACGAGCCCCCACUGCUCUUUGACCUGUCCACGGACCCAGGCGAGAACUACGACCUCCUGGGGGGUGUGCCCCUGAUCUCUCCAGAAGUGCUGCAGGCUCUGAAGGAGAUCCAGCUGCUCAAAGCCCAGUUUGAUGCGGAAAUCACUUUCAGCCCCAGCCAGAUGGCCCAAGGGGAGGACCCAGCACUGCAGGUCUGCUGCCGGCCUGGCUGCAAGCCCUGGCCAGUUUGCUGCUCCUGCCCAGACCAGGGCCCCAACUUGGGCCUCAGUGGAGAACCCCAACUCCAUCCUGAGCCCCAUGCCCUGCCCCAGCCUGAGCCCCCAUCUCAGCCUCAAACUUCGCUCCAACCCCAGCCCAAGCCCCAGGCCGUGUCCCAGCUGGAGCCCCACCCUGAGCUCCAGCCUUUCCCUAAGAACCCUGAGAUCCGGCCCCAUCUUGAGCUUCAUCCUGGCCCCCCCAGAGACCUGGACCAUUUGUGACUAUGAGCCUAUUUACGCGGGUGCAGGUAUGUGCAGGUGUGCUUGUACCUGUAAGGAUGAUAACAUGAGCUGACACACAGGUUGUGUCCAGCCCCACUCUGA